GCAGAUUUAAGGUAAGCAAAACCAUUUCAGAUUUUGUCCUUCAGCAUUAUAACAUUCAAAGAUGCAUGAUCGUAUCAAAUGUGCAAGUGUAACUUAUUUUGGAGUGUUCACAUUUUGUGGUAUUAAUACAAGUUUCUAUUCAGUUUACAGCUGGUAUGCGACCCAUUGUGCUGUCACUGCUGUGGGUGCUGGGAACAUCAACGGUGUUGCCAGACCCUGAUGCAGCUGCAGACAAGCUGGCAGAAGAGCCUAUUCCAUGCUCGAAGGGAUGCACCUGCCUGCAUGAUGACUACAGCCUGGAGCUCAACAUGUACUGCAGCGCUCGGAACUUAACACAAAUCCCAUGUGACAUGCCCACGUCCGCGCAUUCCCUCUGGCUGGAUGGCAACUUGUUCACCUCACUCCCAGCUGCCGCUUUUAAAGAUCUCAGCAACCUGGAUUUUUUGAAUCUACAGAAUGGCCAGUUGAUGACGCUCGAUCCGCAGGCUUUCAAAGGACUUCGGUCGCUGGCGCAUAUUCACCUUGAGAGAAAUCGCCUCCGGACAUUGCCACGUACAAUAUUUCAAAAUACACCUAACCUCGCUUCCCUUAGUCUCCACAACAACCACCUUACUCGUAUAGAGGAGUGUGUGUUUGCUGGUCUCUCCCAAAUGUGGCUUCUCAACCUCGGAUGGAACUCAAUCUCCGUCUUACCUGAGAAUACCUUCCAGGACCUUCAAGGUCUGCGGGAGCUGGUUCUUGCGGGGAACAGACUGGCUUAUUUGCAGCCACCACUCUUCCAAAGCCUCACUGAGCUCAAAGAAUUAGAUCUUACUGGAAAUUACCUGAAGGUCAUCAAAGCUAAUGUGUUUGUAAAACUCCCUAAACUGCAAAAACUAUACCUAGGUCAGAACCACAUUGUGACCGUGGCACCCAGAGCCUUUUUAGGCAUGAAGUCCCUCAGAUGGCUGGACCUCACAAACAACCGGCUAACUUCCCUUAAUGAAGACACAUUUAUGGGCCUCCACAAUCUUCACGUGCUGCGCCUUUCCAACAAUUCUAUUAAUGGAAUUAGACCCAGGACUUUCCGUGAUCAGCAGUACUUAGAAGAACUACAGCUGAGUUAUAACAAGAUCCGCUCCCUUGGGGACAGAGUCUUUGAAGGUCUUGGACAUCUGGAGAUGCUUGAACUGGAGCACAAUCAAGUACAAGAGGCACAAGUGGGCAGUUUCACAGGCCUCUCUCAUGUAGCUGUCAUCAACCUGUCUGGAAGCUGCUUCCACAGUCUACCAGAUCAAAUGUUCAGAGGUCUACCAAAACUUCACAGCCUUCAUCUCGGUAGAGGAUGUCUGACAAGGCUCACAAGCCAUGCAUUCACUGGACUGUCUGGUCUACGGCGGCUUUUCUUGCAGCACAAUAACAUCUCUGUGGUUGAGCCUCGGAGCUUUGUCGACCUCAUAGGCUUACUAGGACUAGACUUGAGUUUCAACAAGUUGGAGGAUAUCACAACUGAUAUGUUCACUGGCCUCAAGAAUUUAGAAUACUUGCUGCUAUCCAACAAUGACUGUCGACAGUUUCUGCAGAAUGGCACAAAGGAUCUACUACCAAGGCUGCGUUAUCUCGACCUCAGGACCAAUGCCUUGACAAAUAUCUUCCCUGAUUUCCCACAGGGUCUGGAAAAACUUCUGCUUUCUGGGAACCAAUGGAACUGUGACUGCAGUGCCCUUCCUCUUAGGAACUUUAGCUUGAACAAUCCAAUGGUGAUACCUCGGCGAGUGGAGACCCAUGCAGAGGGCGACGAGCCCGACACUACUAUCACCAUCUACAACAACAUUACGUGCACCCGUCCCCCACAUCUCCGCGGUCAUGACCUACGGGAUGUUGACAAUGAAACCUUCCAAAGUUGUUAAGCAAAGUAGCAUCAGGAAGGGCUUCCAGUGCAAAACUUGUGCCAAAUCAACAUGCAGGUCCACCUUGGAUAUGCAACCCUGAAUGAAACAAGGGAGAAGCCAAGGGAACUUACUUGAUACAUAAUAGAGAAUGCUCUAAAGUUGAUACCUGUCAUAUUUCACAGAAAUUUAAUUUGAUUACCAAUUUCAAUUUUAAAUUCAGGUUCUUGUCUCACAUCGUUUAACAAGCAAUGCCUUUUUAAAAUCUUUAUCCUCGAUUUAAAAAAAAAAAGUUUUGAAAAUGAAUUCUUUUUUUAACCCAACAACAUAUCUUUUGUAUUGGCUCCAUGGAGUUACAUUAAAA